UAAUAUGGACAUAAGUUGCUUUGUAAAAUAAAAUGAGAAAAAAGCUCUUGUUAAAUGCGUUGGAAUAAUAUAAACAGACAGAAACCUUUAUACUGUAAAUGAAAGGAAAUUCAAAAGAUUGCAGGAUAAAAAAACAACGUCUUAUAUCAACUGGAUAUAUUCAGCUUAACUUUGAGGGGAGUUAUGGAUGUGUAUGGAGAAUACGGCGAAUAUGGUAACUUUGACGAAGCUUUUGAUCCAAAAUAUGGUGACCCACAUCCGGUACCAAUCGUCAUGGCAACCGAAAAAACGCUAAAGGGAUUUGGAAAUCUUGUAACCGACUUCGACGCAGAGGAAAUUGAUAUUACACCAUGGCCAGUGCAAGGGUGGCGGAAACUCUGGCCCGACACCGGAGCGCUUGGUGGAAUACGUAGCGGCGACUUUAAAUACAAGUGGAAGGGAGAUGUAUGUACAGCUGUUAACGAAGCUGUCAUCAAUGGUGAUUACGUCACCGGAAAGUUGCCACGCGGUGUUUCGCCCAGCAACCGGACGCACGUGCUUGUGAAGGACGCCAAUUAUCACCCUGAUGGUAGUCAAAUAUUUUACCCGAAGAAUAAAGAUCCCUUUGUUAUGCUUCUUGCGAAACCAGGAGAUGACCUCACUUUGGAUAGUUUUGUAGCCUUCUACUGUGAUGGAAGCUUCGGUGUCCACGUGCAUACAGGCGUCUGGCACCAACCUGUUUAUCCAAUCAACGAUGAGGCUGAGUUUUAUGGGAAACAGGGGGCGGUACACGCAUGCGUAGGUGUUGACACUGUCAUGGAGUUCGAGAAAUUUCUUUUGGUACCUCUAACCAAACCGGAAUGAAAUGAUUUAACAUUUUGAUAUGGUCCAUACGUUCUAACAGAAACUUUAAAUCAGUCUUAAACGCCUUUUUUAAAUUUAUGUUGUGUUUAAAAGUCAGCAAUAUUUUAGAAAUAACAACGAAUCAGAAAUCUUAA